AUGUAUUCGGAUAUUAACUAUGGCCAACUUAAAGAUCCUGACUAUUGGAUCAGACUCAUCAAACUAGAACCUUCUCCGCCGGCAUCUACUUCGGAGCCCGACAGACCAGAUCUCCUCGUGUGCAACAUUGAGGAAUAUAUUCGCGGCGACUCUCAGCCAUAUACAGCUUUAUCAUAUGUCUGGGAAUCUCCAGACAGCUCCAAAAGGCUUAUGAGCAUUGAUGGGACGACGAUAGAUGUUAGCUCAACCGUCGAGAAUGCCCUUCGGCGUCUACGGUUUCGCAAAAAGCCUCGGUGGCUCUGGAUUGAUCAGCUAUGCAUCAACCAAACCGACGAGGUCGAGAAGAGCCACCAAGUCCACCAAAUGCACCAUAUUUAUAGGGAGGCAGAUCAGGUAAUCGCAUGGCUGGGUAAUGGGGACGAGGCCAGUGACAUCAUAUGUCGCCUGAUGCGUGACACAGGGAGAGCCCUGCGCUCCAACGACCUUGAGGCUUUGCGAAAGCUCUACUUUGGGGAAAAGGAUGAAGGGUCCAUUGAUAUAGAAGCUGCCAAAAUGGCCUUUAACGGAUUCUGUGAGCGACGCUAUUGGCAACGUCUUUGGGUCAUGCAAGAGUUUGCUGUUGGCCGGCGUGUUGCUAUUGCCUGCGGCGGCUGGAUUGUGAAGUACGAUCUCAUAGAACAGACUCUGGAUGCCCCAAAUCUUGUUCGGCGUCGUGCACAAAAGAAGUCCGUCGAUGGGCUUGAGACGCUGAUUCGGAAUCUGGAGUAUGUUUACUCCACUCCACUCAACAGCUAUGUUCAUAGCUUGUUCACAAGACGAUGGCACUAUGUCUACACUCCCGAUGGAGAAAGCCCAUGGGGCCAACCUCUUCUACAGGUCGUCGCGGUGUCUCUCACUCUGGAAACCGACUACAACGUUGUCCAUGCAACCGACCCGCGGGAUCGCAUCUUUGCAUUGCUGAACCUGGCUGGAGACAGGGACCAUUUUGACUUGUUCCCAGACUACUCUAUGACAGUCGAAGAGGUAUACAGAGAAACAGCCUGCAAAGUCUUAGAAAAAGGCACUAUUGACGUGCUUAUGUACUGUCAAAGGCCUAGGAAGCUUUCAGUGCUGCCAAGUUGGGUCCCUGACUGGAGUAUGGAUGUUCUGCAUCCAAAUGCACAGGCACCGUGGGAUACCCCCUUCAAAGCAUCAGGCACAUACACCGCGAUACCGAAGUUUCCCCACUUCGACACAGCGACAUUUGAAGGUAUUUAUGUGGACAAAGUUCAAGAGAUCGGGACAAUUUGGGAUCCAAACUGGUUGAAACCAAUCAAUCGGACGGCAGUCAAGCAAUGGCUCAGAAGCAUCAGGGGAUUUUGCGACAACUCCCCUAGGAUUAGGGUCGGAGAAGAGCGUUUGGAUGCUGCACGCAUCGGGAUACUCGAUGGCACUACAUGGUUCUCUACAGUGCCUUAUCAGGGCUGGGGAUCCCAGUGUGCAGAUGACGUCGAGAAUUUUCAGCGUCUUGAAGCAGACAAAGGAGGAGAUGACUCGUCUGCAGAAGGGUCUUUCUAUGCUUCCGCUCUUAUGAGGAUGCACACAAGACGUGCCUUUAUGACGUCCACAGGCUUUAUUGGGGUUGGUCCACUUGACAUGCAGCCAGGAGAUGAAGUCUGUGUCUUGUUGGGAGGGAAAGUCCCGUAUUUACUACGAGCUCAGGAUGAAGAAUCAUAUACACUUGUCGGAGAGGCGUACGUGCACGGAAUCAUGCACGGAGAACUCUUUAAAGGCGGUCCUAGAAACGUUCGGAAUUUUGAUGUAAAGUAG